CCGGAUCCAACCACCACCACCUCAAAGUCCGUGUUUCUAAGCAUCCUUCGGUCAGCGACAGCAGCAUAGACACAGAGCCCCUAAAUCCAUGGAGCCACGGCCACCCGAACCACCUCCCUCUUCUUCCUCAGCCCAGGUCCUCUCUCACAUGGACCUCCACGCGCCGCCGCUCCUCGACGACAGCGCCGCCGCUGACUCCGUCUGGGACUUCGGCGACCUCCUCGAUUUCACCGCCGACGACCACCUGGUCAUCCCCUGGGACGAGCCCCCCGUGCUCGACAACCCCGCCUCCGCCCCCUCCGACCCAGAUCCCGACCCUUCUCCGGAGGACCCGGCGGACGAUGCCCCGGUGGCGACCCGGGUCAGGAAGCGGGACCCCCGGCUGGUCUGCUCCAACUUUCUGGCGGGGCGCGUCCCGUGCGCCUGCCCGGAGCUCGACGCGAUGAUGGAGGAGGAGGAGGAGGCGGAGGGAUUGCACAAGAAGAAGCGGACUCGGGCCCCGAGGGGGGCGGGCCAGGGGAUGGCCCGGUGCCAGGUUCCGACCUGCAAGGCCGACAUCCGGGAGCUCAAGGGGUACCACCGGCGCCACCGGGUUUGCCUCCGGUGCGCCAACGCAUCAGCCGUGGUCUUGGACGGGGAGAGGAAGAGAUACUGUCAGCAGUGUGGCAAGUUUCACAUCUUGUCAGACUUUGAUGAAGGUAAACGAAGUUGUCGAAGAAAAUUAGAGCGCCAUAACAAAAGAAGGAGAAGAAAGCCUGUUGAUUCUGGCGGUGAACUAGCAAAGGAAUUGCAACAAGAUAUUCAUUCCGAAGAUGUUGGCUGUGAUGAUGAAGAUGGGAAAGAUACCUUAUGUUUGAGUGGCCAGUUUGGUGAAAAGGAAGCCUCACUAGAGCCUGAAGAUGGAGGAGUACCUACACCAGAAACUGCUCCUGAAUGUCAAAUUAUUCCUACAGAUAGCAUUGCAUCUUAUGUAGUUUCUCGUGAAACCCAAAUGAAAAGUAGGAAAGAUAAUUCGAAAUGUGCACUUUCUCCGUCCUAUGGUGACAAUAGGAGUGCAUACUCUUCUGUGUGUCCAACAGGUCGAAUUUCAUUCAAGCUUUAUGACUGGAAUCCAGCAGAAUUUCCUAGACGUCUUCGCCACCAAAUAUUCCAGUGGUUGGCGAGCAUGCCGGUGGAGUUGGAGGGUUAUAUCCGGCCUGGAUGUAUUAUUUUGACACUGUUUAUCGCCAUGCCCAAGUUGAUGUGGGGAAAGUUAUAUGAAGACCCUGUAUCACAUAUAAACGAUUUCCUCCUUCGGCCUGGAAGAAUGCUCUCCGGAAGAGGCACUAUUUAUAUCUUGAUGAAUGACAUGGUUUUCCAUCUUAUGAAAGAUGAAUCUUCUGUCGCAAAGGUUGAGAUGGGGGUUCGGACCCCGCGGCUUCAUUAUGUUCAUCCUAUGUAUUUUGAGGCUGGCAAGCCCAUGGAGUUUGUUGCUUGUGGAAGUGAUUUGCUGCAACCCCAUUUUCGGUUUCUUAUAUCUUUUGCUGGCAAAUAUUUGGCAUGUGAUUAUGGUGCUGCAUCUUCAUAUUCUGGAAGUGAAAGGGGCAUCAACUGUAAUUCUGAUCAUCAGCUGUAUAAUAUACAUAUUCCUUGCAAUGAGCUCAAUCAGUGUGGUCCUGCAUUUAUUGAGGUUGAGAACCAGUUUGGCUUGUCGAACUUCAUUCCCAUUCUCAUUGGUAACAAGGAAGUUUGCUCUGAGAUGAGGAUGAUACAGCAGAAAGUAGAUAAAGCUCUCUUAAAUGAGGGGCUUCAAAUUUCGAACAUUGGUAACGUCCUGGAUUCAUGUGGGGCUUUCUCACAGAGACGAACCACACUUUCUGAGUUCGUCCUGGAUAUCGCAUGGUUGCUGAAAGAACCUGUUUCAGAAAAUCUUCACCACAUUCCCCCUGUGUCGCAGAUUCAAAGAUUCAGCUCUUUGUUGAGCUUUUUGAUGCAUCAUGAUUCAAGCAUAGUUUUGGAGAAAAUAUUGCAAAAACUGGACAUUCUUAUGGAGAAUAUCGCAUUAACCAGUGAAAGUAGUAGUGGCAAGAACAAUGAUGAUAUUAGAUUAUUGAAUACCCAAAUAGAUCAAGCAAGAGAAUUUCUCAGGAAACAUCAGUCAUCCAAGAUGGUGGUGCUGCGCUCAGAGCAUUUGAAGCGAAAAGAGGAAUGUUCUCAUCAGGGUUUCCCUCAGAAUGAUGUGCUUUCGGCUGUGACCAUCGCUAGUCAGGAUAUGGAGAGGGGAGAGUGCUAUAGGGUAGAGUUGCUGAUGGGUUCCAAUUUCACAAAUAAAAACGAGGCUGCUCCACUUUUGGAUGUGGAAUUGGUCAUGAACGGUAACCUUCUCAAGGAAAAGCCUCGCAAUCGAGUCCUCCUCAAUUCCGUAAUGAGAUCUCGUCCUGCUCUAUACGUAGUCGCAACUGCAGCUGUUUGUUUCGGAGUAUGUGCUGUCCUCCUCCAUCCUGAUAAAGUUGGUGAAUUUGCGGUUUCUAUUCACAGAAGCCUCUUUGACCGACCAUAGGGAAAUUGCUUGAGAUCUCAAUCUCCCUGUAUAGUGUACUUAAUGGACCUGACGUUAUCUCAUCGGGAUCAAGCUGCCAGUGUUUUUUCGUCAUUGGGAGCUUUGAUAGCGGGAGGUAGCUCAGCUUCAGUUUUCCGUUGGGUGCAUUGUCACUCGAACACAACGUUUGGAUGGUAGAUGCAACAGAGGUCAUAGCUUGGUGGAGAUUGUAUUUUGGCAGGGACUCACCUGAUUAGCAGAUGUUGAGAACCCCCUACUUUGGGCUCAGCAGAUAUUGCUCCACUGUAAGUCGCGACGACUGAGAGAUUUUAACACUGUUUAAUGACACCUUCGUAGACGUUCAACCGUGCACUGGCAGCGAUUGGGGUCGGGAUUGUGCAGGUCUUGUAUCUUAUGCCUUUUCUUCUUUUCUCGCAAGUGAGAUGAUGUCUUCCAUAAACACGAGGUGGCUAUGCUGUGAGCAUUCCGGCUUCGAGAGGAAUAGGGAACUGCAUGUGCUUUGUACUUCUGAAGUGGGAAUAGAA